UAUCUUUCAAGAAGAAGCGGCCAUGGAAGGUCAAGGAGCAACCCAGAGCUCUAUUAUAGUUCCUUCUGUUCAAGAGAUGGUGAAGGAGAAUUUGAUCACGGCGGUUCCUCCGAGGUAUGUACGGUCUGAACAAGACAAAGCUGAGAUAGCCGUGGAUUCUGGUCUAAGAAACCAGAUCCCAAUCAUAGACAUGAGUCUUUUGUGUUCUCCAACCUCCAUGGAUUCUGAGACUGACAAGCUCGACUUUGCUUGCAAAGAAUGGGGAUUUUUCCAGGCAAGUCUCAAUUUCUUGGACAAAUUCAAAACAGAGAUUCAAGAUUUCUUCAACCUUCCCAUGGAAGAGAAAAAAAAGCUGUGGCAACAACCUGGUGAUAUCGAAGGGUUUGGACAAGCUUUUGUGGUUUCAGAAGAGCAGAAACUCGAUUGGGCAGACAUGUUCUUCCUUACAAUGCAACCUGUUCAAUUGCGCAAGCCUCACUUGUUUCCCAAGUUACCUCUUCCCUUAAGAGAUACACUAGAUAUGUAUUCGGCUGAAGUGAAAAGCAUAGCUAAAGUCUUAUUUGUGAAAAUAGCGAGUGCACUGAAGAUCAAACCCGAGGAAAUGGAAAAGUUGUUCGAUGAUGAGUUAGGACAGAGAAUCAGGAUGAAUUACUACCCGCCUUGUCCAGAACCCGAUAAGGUUAUUGGUUUAACUCCGCAUUCCGAUGCUACAGGACUUACCAUACUGUUGCAGGUUAACGAAGUGGAAGGUCUCCAAAUCAAGAAAGAUGGCAAAUGGGUUUCUGUCAAACCACUCCCAAAUGCUUUCGUUGUCAAUGUGGGAGACAUCUUAGAGAUCCUAACGAAUGGGACAUACCGAAGUAUAGAGCAUCGCGGAGUUGUGAACUCAGAGAAAGAGAGGCUUUCUGUGGCGUCAUUCCACAACAUGGGAAUGGGUAAGGAAAUUGGUCCGAUGAGAAGUCUUGUGGAAAGGCAUAAGGCUGCAUUUUUCAAAAGCGUGACCACUGAGGAGUUUUUCAAUGGUUUGUUCUCCCAUGCGCUAGAUGGAAAAGCUUACCUCGAUGUUAUGAGAAUCUAAUGGAAGUAACUGAUAAUACCAUUGCCUUGUUGUAUUAUAUACACUCUGUUUCUUUUCUGUUUUCGUACUUUCUCCAAAUAGGCAACCUCUGUCUCUCCUUCAAAUCUGUUAAGACAAUGGCCAAUAAAGAACGUUAGGAUCU